AUGCUGAGCUAUCUUCUCUAUUUAGGCAUUCCGAAUCCAAUAUAUGCAUUACCAUCACCAACUUCAUUUCAAUCACCAUAUUCUCAACAUUGGCGUUCACCUAUGUUUCCAUUUGUAUUUCCAUCUGGUUAUUCAUUUUCUUCAAAUUCUUCAUCUCCUUCUAUAUCAUCAACACAAAAACGAUCGCCAAAUAAUCGACGUUUUAUUGAUAAUAAUAAUUCUCAACAAAAUCAUCAUAAACAAUCAAUAUCCCAUGAUGAACAAAAAUCAAAAAAAUCUCAUAUAAAAAAACCGUUAAAUGCUUUUAUGUUAUUUAUGAAAGAACAACGAGCACAAGUUGUACAAGAAUGUACAUUACGUGAAAGUGCUGCAAUUAAUCAAAUACUUGGUCGAAAAUGGCAUGAACUUGAUCGUAAUGUUCAACAAAAAUAUUAUGAUAUGGCACGUGAUGAACGUAUGAAACAUAUGCAAUUAUAUCCUGGUUGGUCAGCUCGAGAUAAUUAUGGUGCACGAAAAAAACGAGGAAAUAGUGGUAAAAAACGAGAAAAAAAUUCAGGUGAAAAUGCAGAAUGUCUUAAUCAAAAAAAAUGUCGAGCACGAUUUGGUCUUGAUCAACAAGCAAAUUGGUGUAAACAUUGUAAACGAAAGAAAAAAUGUUUACGUUAUACAGAAAAUGAAACAACAUCAUCAGUUGGUGUUACUUCAUGGAGUGAUGAAGAUGAUACGGACAAUAAUGAUGAUUCUGAUGAUUGUGAUGUUAUUCCAAUGAUUGAACAAAAUAAUAUGUCAAUACAUACAGGUAUAUCAAUGGAUUCUGAUGAAGAAAAUACAUUACGUUUAUUAAAAUAUCAACAAACAUCCAAUGAAAAUAAUCGAUCCGAAGGAAAGAUAAUCGGAAAAGAAUCAUCAUUACAAGUACCUUUUUUUCAAUCAUCUCAUCAUUAUCCAUAUUUUGAUUCAUUUUUACCAACAGCAUCAAUGCCAAUUUUAAAUGAAUUUAAACAAGAAACAUAA